GCCCCCCGCGGCGCCCAGUCCAGCACCCGCCGCUCGCAGUCUGGGACCCCGGUGUCUGGCUCCCCGCGAGCCGGGUUCCAGCCAUGGCCAAGCGCAGCUCGCUGUCCAUCCGCAUCGUGGAGGGAAAGAACCUGCCCGCCAAGGACAUCACCGGCAGCAGCGACCCCUACUGCAUCGUGAAGGUGGACAACGAGCCCAUCAUCAGGACGGCCACCGUGUGGAAGACCCUGUGCCCCUUCUGGGGGGAGGAGUACCAAGUGCAUUUGCCACCCACCUUCCACUCUGUGGCCUUCUACGUCAUGGAUGAGGAUGCCCUCAGUCGGGACGAUGUUAUCGGGAAGGUCUGCCUGACAAGGGACACCCUGGCCUCUCACCCUAAGGGUUUCAGCGGGUGGGCCCACCUGAUGGAGGUUGACCCCGACGAGGAGGUGCAGGGCGAGAUCCACCUGCGGCUGGAAGUGCUGCCAGGGGCCCGGGCCUGCCGGCUUCGCUGCUCUGUGCUGGAGGCCAGGGAUCUGGCCCCGAAGGACCGCAAUGGCGCAUCUGACCCCUUCGUCCGAGUGCGCUACAAGGGCCGGACACAGGAGACCUCGAUCGUGAAGAAGUCAUGCUACCCACGCUGGAAUGAGACGUUUGAGUUUGAGCUGGAAGAGGGGGCCGCAGAGGCGCUGUGUGUGGAGGCCUGGGACUGGGAUCUUGUCAGCCGAAACGACUUCCUGGGCAAAGUGGUGAUCGAUGUCCAGAGACUGUGGGCGGCCCAGCAGGAGGAGGGCUGGUUCCGGCUGCAGCCCGACCAGUCCAAGAGCCGGCGGCGUGACGAGGGCAACCUGGGCUCCUUGCAGCUGGAGGUGCGGCUGCGGGAUGAGACGGUGCUGCCCUCCAGCUGCUACCAGCCGCUGGUGCAGCUGCUGUGCCAUGAGGUGAAGCUGGGCAUGCAGGGCCCGGGGCAGCUGAUCCCACUCAUCGAGGAGACAACUAGCACCGAGUGUCGCCAGGACGUGGCCACCAACCUGCUCAAGCUCUUCCUGGGGCAGGGGCUGGCCAAGGACUUCCUGGAUCUGCUCUUCCAGCUGGAGCUGAGUCGCACCAGUGAGGCCAACACCCUGUUCCGGAGCAACUCCCUGGCCUCAAAGUCCAUGGAGUCCUUUCUGAAGGUGGCCGGGAUGCGGUACCUGCACAGCGUCCUGGGCCCCAUCAUCAACAAGGUGUUUGAGGAGAAGAAGUACGUGGAGCUGGACCCCAGCAAAGUGGAAGUCAAGGAUGUAGGGUGCUCUGGGCUGCACCGCCCGCAGACCGAGGCCGAAGUGCUGGAGCAGAGCGCGCACACGCUGCGCGCCCACCUGGGGGCGCUGCUGAGCGCCCUCUGCCGCUCGGUUCGCGCGUGCCCAGCCGUGGUGCGCGCCACCUUCCGCCAGCUCUUCCGGCGCGUGCGCGAGCGCUUCCCUGGCGCCCAGCACGAGAAUGUGCCGUUCAUCGCCGUCACCAGCUUCCUGUGCCUGCGCUUCUUCUCUCCCGCCAUCAUGUCGCCCAAGCUCUUCCACCUGCGGGAGCGCCACGCGGACGCCCGCACCAGCCGCACCCUGCUGCUGCUGGCCAAGGCAGUCCAGAAUGUGGGCAACAUGGACGCGCCGGCUUCCAGGGCCAAGGAGGCUUGGAUGGAGCCGCUGCAGCCCACUGUGCGCCAGGGCGUGGCACAGCUGAAGGACUUCAUCACCAAGCUCGUGGACAUCGAGGAAAAGGACGAGCUGGACCUGCAGCGGACGCUGAGUUUGCAAGCGCCACCUGUGAAGGAGGGGCCGCUCUUCAUCCACAGAACCAAGGGAAAGGGCCCCCUCAUGUCCUCCUCCUUCAAGAAGCUCUACUUCUCCCUCACCAGCGAGGCCCUCAGCUUCGCCAAGACGCCCAGCUCCAAGAAAAGCGCCCUCCUCAAGCUGGCCAACGUCCGUGCAGCAGAGAAGGUGGAGGAAAAGAGCUUUGGCAGCGCGAACGUCAUGCAGGUCCUCUACACAGACGACGCCGGCAGGCCCCAGACUGCCUACCUGCAGUGCAAGUGUGUGAACGAGCUGAACCAGUGGCUGUCUGCGCUGCGGAAGGUGAGCAUCAACAACACUGGCCUGCUGGGCUCCUACCACCCUGGCGUCUUCCGUGGGGACAAGUGGAGCUGCUGCCACCAGAGAGAGAAGACAGGUCGGGGCUGCGAUAAGACCCGGUCACGGGUGACCCUGCAGGAGUGGAAUGACCCUCUUGACCAUGACCUUGAGGCCCAGCUCAUCUACCGGCACCUGCUGAGCGUGGAGGCCAUGCUGUGGGAGAAGCACCGGGAGCUGAGCGGGGGUGCCGAGGCCGGCACUGUGCCUGCGAGCCCUGGCGACGCCCCCGAGGACUCACUGGCCCGGCUGCUCCGGGUGCUUCGGGGCCUUCGGGAGGCUCACAGCUCCAGCCUGGCCAGCUCCCCGACCUCGGGGCCCAACUGCCUCCUGGAGCUGCAGACGUGAGGCCCGCCCUGCGCUCCCCUUGCUGAGGCCCUGGCCAAGGCUCAAAGCCCCCCCAGGAUGCUCUGCACCCCUCAGCCUGGUCUUCCUCAUUGGGGUGCGGGGCCCAGGUCUCUUCCAGGUGGGGGUGGGGGGAGAGUCAGGGAUAAGGGGAUCCCCAGAAGUGCAAAGCUGAGCAGGCCUGGCCCGAAGUGUCCUGGCUCCCUACGGCCGCUGCAGCCAUCGCUGCCUCUCCAAGGACCUUCCUCUCCUGCCUCGGACAGACCCAGCCAGAACCGCCGCUAGGCCAGGCCACAGCCAGGGGUCUGGGCUCCAGGGACCUAGAGAAUGGGAGGGAACAGGAGGCCCAGGAGACCCGGCUGCCACCUCACCAGCUCCCCGUGGGUGGCACAGGGCUGUGCUGUUGCCAACAGUAAACCUGCUUUUCCUGCCC